GCACCUCCAACAGCCCCACCAUGCCAAGGAGAGACAACAGCAUGGGGUUCCUGAGCUCCUUGGCUCCACGUCAAGAGAAGGGCAACCAGAAGACAUUGUUGGUUAUCGAUGACCUCCACACAGACUGGGCCAAAUAUUUCAGGGGGAAACUAAUCCAUGGAGAAUAUGAGAUAAGAGUUGAACAGUGUGAGUUUUCUGAGUUGAACCUUGCCUCCUACAGCGAUGCUGGGGUGACCGUAGACAUGCGUGGCAUCAGACAAGGACAAAGAGUUGUCAGAACAUUCAAGCCUGAUUACGUGUUGGUACGCCAGCAUGCACGCAGUAUGGAGGUACAGGAGGAUUGGCGUAACCUUGUCAUAGGGUUCCAGUACGGUAAUGUACCGAGCUUGAACUCCUGGCAAGUAGUCUACAACUUCAUGGACAAACCAUGGGUGUUUUCACAGCUGACUACUCGCCAGGAGAAGUUGGGCAAGGAGAAGUUCCCCCUCGUUGACCAAGCUUUCUUUCCUAAUCAUCGGGAAAUGGUAAGUGAUGACACUGUCAUGGAGGAGAGAUAUAUAUAUAAUGAGAAGAUGGAAAUGAUGAAGAAAGAGGAAUAG